CUCCUUCGUCUCCACGCUGACCUACUGCAAAUACUACAUACACUUCACGACAAGCCCACAGCCUUUCCUGAUAUCAUGAACACGUAAUACUCGAACCCCUAGGAGAUUGUCCCUGCGCCUGGGCCAUGUGCUGUGGCUCCUGUCGCUCAAUGACUACUUGGCAGCCUGCCGACAGCCGCGUUGGCAUGGAGAGCCUUACGCAACCACGUUAGUAGCGCCAGGAUCUCCGUCGCGGGUGGCGUUCGCGAUAAACAAGGUCGUGUGCCUGCUGUGGGAUUUCAUCAUGGACGAUUGAAGCCUGCCUUGUAUUGAAUUUUCGUUUCUCCUCUUCUCGCAUUUGCAUUUGCAUUCAAAGGCGUCUAUUUCCUUGAUAUCGAGCGUUCUUCAAUACUCUUUCGCUUCUUUCGCUCGUUUGCCAUCCCUUUACCAGUACGUACUGCUGAUCAUGAUAUCAUUAUUGUCCUCUCUGGCUCUUGUCGCUACAGUCGUGCUCGCUCAGCAACGGUGCGACGCGCCCUCUCCCAGCGUAUACUGCAACACCACCGAGAUCCUCCAAUACCAAACCUCUGACUGCCGACCGUUCCACAUCUUCCUGUCCCGCGGCUCAGACGAGCCGUACCCUGGCCGCCUAGGAAACCUCACAAGCGAGAUCUGCUCAGCCCUCGGUGGUGAAGACUGCGGUUUCGAGAAUAUCCAAUACCCUGCGAAAAGCACAGCAUGGGGAACGGAAGAAUGGUGCAAGUCGGCGGCCAAGGGGGCAGCGAGCGGACAGGCACAGAUGAAGGCGUUCAGUGAGAAGUGUCCAGACAGCAAGUUAAUUUUACUGGGUUUCUCGCAGGGUGCUGCCGUUGCGCAGGAUAUAUUGGGUGGAGGUGGAGGACAUGUCUUUGCAUGUGAGCAGGUAGUCAAUCCGGCCAUGGAAGCCUCCAGCGCACCGGGCUCGAAGGUCGUCGCAGCGAUCACAUUCGGCGCCGUGGUGCGUAGCCGCGACCAGAACUUCACCAUUGGCGAUGGCAAACCCUACGACGGCAGACGCGCACGUACACCCGAACAACUCGAGGCCCUCAACAAAUACUCUAACGUCCUACUCGAUUACUGCCACCACGGCGAUCCCAUGUGCGCCGUCGGAAGCACACCGGAGAGCGUGGAAGCCCAUCUGAACUACUUUGUCAUGCAUAACGAGGAGGUUGUAAGCCAGGUGGUCAAGAUGGCGAAGGCGGCGACUAGCAGCUCCGAUGCUCAAUCCGCGCAAACUGGUCCCGGGAACACUGGGUCCGCUGGUGGUUUGAACAUAGAUUCUGGAUCUGCUUUCCUUGCAGCCUUCAUCACUGCAGCUUUGCUACAUGUGACAUUAUGA